UUUUAUUUUCCUUUCCGGACUGUAAUGUUGUUUUCAUCUCGCAAACGAAUUUAAAACCGCCGUCAAGCUUAAUUAGCUUCAGUGAGUUGACCUUUCCUUCAGACAGUUUUGUUGGAUAUUUAAUCACGCAAGCCACAGCCUUUGGAUCAGUAGACCUUCAGUUCAGCCCAUUGAUAUCUAUAAGGCAUUUUAUCUACCGUGCAAAAACUUCGGAAACUUGAGUAGCCAGAUUUAGAAAGCUGGGAGCAGCACAGGUGGCCCAAGCUCUAGCUGUGAGAUGAUCGUCUUGCGAAAUACGAGUCAUGGCGAAAUUCUAAGAGUUUGCAUGGGAAACAUGGGCUUUUCUUAUGUACGUAGUAAACCUAGAAAUGGAUAACUCGCUGAAAUGGCUUAUUUUCAACAUAGUAGGCGCUCAGCUCGCAUGCGAUGCGCUGUGGACGUCAGCUUUGUGUCAGUAUGGGGGACAUGUCCAUGGUGAAGACUUUGCAGAUUUGGAAAGAUGGCGUGACUUUCAUGGAGAAGGGCAACUAUGAGGAGGCACUGACAAACUUUGUGGCUCUAGAAGGAAGGACUGACUCUUCUCAACAACUGAUCACUUCAGGCAGAAAUCUGUUUAACAUUGGACAGAUGUAUCGAGCUCUUGAUAGAAUGGAGAUGGCAGCAAAGACCUUUGAGGAGUCCAUAGGAAAAGACAAAAUGUCGGCAGUUACUCAUUUCCUGCUGGGAAACACCAACUUGGUUUUGAACAGAAAUGACGAGGCACUGAAGAACUUUAAUGAUGCUCAUUUAUUUCUUCGUGGAAACAAAGUGAUAAAUUAUUAUCAGUUAGGUUUAAAAGCCAAACUUUACUUGUGUGAGAUUCUAGUCAACCGGGCCAUUACUCAAUCCAGACUAGCUGAUGCUCAAGAAGCCAAAAAUGAUUUUUUAAAGGCUCUUCAAGCUAAGGUUGAACCUCGUCAUCGUGCAAUUGACGACCUCCUUGAUUCCUGGCAGUCUGGAAAAGAAGUGGAGCCUUUUCAGUUACCCUCUUGCGUUGUAUAUCAACCACAAAAACGUCAAAUCGAUGCUAUUAACAAGACACAAAAUUUUUUGGGCCACUCCAAGGUUGUUGUACAAAGUGAAAUUACCAGGUUUCCUGAUUCACGUCCAGAAUCAACAAAGAGUCCUUCCAAAGAUGUGGGAGAUGAACAACAUUUGGAACAGCACCAGCCUCCAGCUGACCAGGCGACAUCAAAAGGACAUGCUCAGCCAAACAGAAUCCAAGGAAAAGAAUCAAACAGCGUUCUGAGAGACGCUUCCAGUAAAGCAAAGGCCGAAAAAAACCCUUCUCCAGGCCACCUUCAGAGCCCGGUCAGUCCAAGUCAAUCUCCAGCUUCACCUGGGGAUUCUUCUACAGGAGGCUCUAGGAUCGGAAAUCGUUCACCUUUUACCCAGAGAAGAAAAAUGGGGGACUUUUCACCCAAGACACCACCGUGGUCUUCAACUGAAGUAGACGCGCCUCCGACAAAACCCCUCCCUCCGGCUCCUACAGCCAGAAAGUCAGACUUGACAUCAAACAAAACACGUGACGUCACACUGAUUCUCACGCGAUCUGUUAAAGUAGACCAAUCAGCCUCGGCUCAGGACCUUUUGAGAACCGCGGCCAAUACUUUCCAAUUGUCCGAGGAUUCAUUUGCAUUGUGGAGCAUGAAGAACACACAGCUCACAGUUCUACAAGAUCAGGAUCUGGAAGAAAUUCUCCACUCGCCAUCAGACAGCAGCCCAAAAGUUUACUGUUACCUAAAUAAGCCGAAGUAGAUAACAUUUGACUGCAGUUUACACUAAGUUGGCUGCUCUCUCAAGCGUCUGAUGAACAAUAUAAUAUUCUUAUAUUUGUUGAAUGAUUGGAAUUUGUUAUGAUCUAUAAAAGUAGUUGCACCGAA